UGACCGACUUUGCCCAUACCCACACCGGCCACCGCGCAGUUCGUACACCACGCUGUGUAUUUACAAACAUUCUCUUGUCGUUCGUUUCCAAUUCACAAAAAUUUCAAAUUUUGCAGCAUUCUAAAUUUAUAUCAUGCUGGAAUACGAGAAUGAAAUUUUACUAAAUUCCGUCCAGGAACAUCAAUUGAACAUCUUUGCCAAAGGGAUUCCCUUGAACUUGGUAUUGAAAAAUAUCUUCAAGGCGUACUCAUCGGAGCUCAACCUGGUUUUUGUCCUCUCUUCGAAUCCAAAUGAAGAUCAGUAUUUUAUAGACAAACUUCCAAACGAUAAAAUUAUGUCGAUUACGACAGAAUUUAGUGCAUCAGAACGAAAGGAUUUAUAUGGCCACGGAGGUGUGUUUUUCGUUACAUCACGGAUCUUAGUUGUGGACUUUUUGAAAGACGUCAUCCCUGCGGAUAAAAUAACUGGAAUGAUCGUACUCAGAGCACACAACGUCGUCGAAAAUUCUCAGGAAGCAUUCAUUUUACGGCUGUUCAGAUCCAAAAAUAAAACUGGGUUUAUCAAGGCUUUUUCACAGUCUCCUGGUUCUUUCCUUUUGGGAUUCUCAAAGUUGAACAGGGUGAUGAGGUGUUGUUUUUUAGCAAAUGUUUCCCUCUGGCCAAGAUUUCAUGCUUCCGUCAAGCAAUCUCUUGCCAAGGCACCCCCCGAUGUUGAAGAGAUUCAGUUACGUCUUACAGACUCCAUGAGAGAAAUACAAUCAAAUUUGCUCGAUUUAGUCAGUUGGUCCAUUAGUGAGUUAAAAAGAUUGGUACCUGCUCUGAAUGAUGAGGAAGUUACAGUGGAGAGUGCUUUAACGAAGGGAUUCGAAAAAAUCGUUGCUGCUUACGUGGACCCCGUUUGGAAUACGAUUAGCUCAAAAUCAAAAGAAAUUCUGAACGACAUGAAAAUAUUUAGAUUACUACUUACCCAACUGACGAAGGCUGAUUGUAUAACAUUUUUUUCGACAUUGUGCCAAUAUACUUCUAAAAAUGCAGUGUUUAAGUCCUCUUGGGUAUUGACAAAAGCUGCAGAACAGGUCAUCACAACAGCACGUUCUAGAGUUUUCCCACCAUGCAACAGCAAACAAACAAAGCAACUGGGAAAUGAUAAAAAGUCAUCAGUCACAAAUGAUUUUGAACCUGAAGUUCAUCCCAAGUGGUUAGCACUAAGUGAAAUCUUGAAAGAAAUAUCCAAUUCUACCAUUCAAGAACCUCCUGCUGAAAAUGAUGACAAAAGUGAAACUUUCGUAGCUAAACUCAAGACGCUCAUAUUUACUGAAGAUGUAAAAACUUGUACUGUUUUGAAAGAUUACCUGUGUCAUGGGAGUGAAUCGACUUUAGCCAAAAUUGUUAAAAACUGCGAUAAUAUUACGCUAGAAUUAUCACAGGAACUUAAAGUAAAAGUUGACAAUAUUUCCAAUGACCAUAGAGGUGUUAAAAGAUAUAAGCGAGGAAAUGCCCAGAAAGGUGUCCAGAAUGACCAAGAUAACGAUGUCAAAAAUCAAACAAGAGGCCCUACAGAAGUUCAAAUUACUUUAACUCAGAUUGAACGAAAAUACGAAGAUAUUGAAUUUUUACAAACUCCCGUUUUUAUUCGUCCCCUAAAAUUCAGUGAUGAGACGUUUGCUGUAUCAGAAACUCUGGACCAGCUGAAGCCUGAUGUUAUCAUUAUUUUCGAUCCCUGCCUUGAAUUGAUCAGGACAAUAGAAGUUCAUCGAGCUAGAGUUUCAGACGUUCAAGCUAUCAAGGUGUACUUUCUCUCAUUUCACAAUUCUGUAGAGGAGCAGAUUUACUUAAACUCAAUUCAUCGAGAAAAACGAGCAUUUGAGGCAUUAAUUAGAGAAAAGGAUACAAUGGUUGUUCCUAACGAGAGAGAAGCAAAGGAUGAAUUGAAUCAGGAUUUAUGGAGAGAUCCUUCGAAAGCUAAUGAAACUAUUAGUGUUGGAGGACUAUCUAAACGAAACAUGCAGAAUGAUGACAAUAUUCAGCAUGUUAUCCUUGUUGACAUGAGAGAGUUUAGAUCAGAGUUGCCAUCAUUGAUUCACAAACGAGGAAUUGAUUUGGAACCUAUAACACUUGAUGUUGGAGAUUAUAUUUUGACACCUGAUAUUUGCGUUGAAAGAAAAUCAAUUUCUGACCUUGUGGGGAGUUUAAACUCUGGCCGACUUUACAAACAAGCGGAGGCGAUGACAAGGCAUUACAAAAAAGCUGUUUUGCUUAUUGAGCAUGAACAACAAGCCACAAGUGUUGCGUCUGGGUCACGUUAUAGAAAUGAUCUUGCUCAAAUUAUGGCAAAGCUACAGGUGUUAACAAUGAAUUUCCCCAAGCUGAGACUGAUUUGGUCACCUGGUGCUCAUUAUACUGCAGAACUAUUUCAUGAGCUCAAACGAGGGAAAGAUCAACCGGACGCGGAGAAAGCCCUCAGUAUACAAAAAGAAUCUACUGGAAUACACUCAACUUCGAAAUAUAAUCCAAUAUCACAUAAUUUUCUCUCAAAAAUGCCUGGCGUAGAUUCAAGAAAUGUUUACGCACUUCUCGGCAGGGGGGACUCAUUGGACAGCAUCGCCAAAUUAAGUGAAAGUGACCUGGCAGGUCUUCUCGAGAAUGGAAAAUCAGCAGCUCUUUUGUAUUCAGGAUUACAUUCCAAACUUCUGGAAGAAACAUCUUCUAAUGAUGAAACUCAACCAAAAAAUACGAAACCAAGUUUCCGUGUUGGAUUAACGAAUAGAAUAGCCCGAUGAUACUCAAUUUCUAACUAAAAUGACAUGUCUAAUCGUGUCCACACACAUACAUUACAUAAUAUGAGAGAAAUAAAUAAUUGAAUUAUUUUGAGCAUUUCAAUUACAAUA